UCGCAAAAUUUCCCUUCGCACAAACCCUAUCUCGUCCUCCUUUCCCCCUCCCGUAGCCACCACCAUACUCCGCCCCCUGCUCUUCUCCGGCCGGCGCGCCACCGCCUUCCAGUCCGCCUCUCGCUUCCUCCGGCCGGUGAGCCACCCACUCCCACUUGACGCAUUUGCUUGGCUCGCCAUUGGAGAGCACGGGCGAGGCUGGCGCGUCUCGAGUGACCAGUGGGUAGACGAGGCGGCGCGCUCCCGUCGUUGUAGCAGGGCGAGCUGGCGCCCUACCCCGCCCUCAAUCCCUCUGCUCGGCAGUCCAGACGCAGGAGCUGCCCAUCUCUCGCCGGCCCUCCUCUUCUAUCAUCAGCUGGUUCUCUCCAACAGCACAUCUUAGCGGCUGCUUCAUACAUGGCGAACGUGGAAGAAUCUCAUCAAGGAGAUGAAGCUAAGAGGAGCUCCUGGUGUGAAGAGGCAAUUCUCUGCUCAUAGUCUCAGCCACGCGCUGCUGUUCCUACGCUAUUGAUCUCGUCUGCCGUCAUCCUUCCCUCAACAUCCUCUGGGUCGGUCCAGUCCUUGCUGGGGCCGUCAGCCCUGCAACCAGCAUCGCCCUGCCGUCUCGGUCGCACUCCUACUCCUCAUAUCCCUCCCCUUCCAUUGCUCUCUUCCGCUCCGGCCUGAGUGCAUAGCCCCCGCUCACCAGACCAUGCUUCUGCGGCAUGGUGCAUCUCUCUGCGCGCCACGACCGCCAGCAGGAGGCCUCUGCGCUGGAGGUGUCCGCCACAGCUCCGUGCCGGCGCUGCGUGAUGUCCUUUGCCGGACCUGCUUCUUGCGGACUGCAAAGACGAGCGGAGGAGCAAUCAGUUACCAGAUGAAAAACUCAAGAUGGAGGCCUGUGUUUGCCUUGGAGACAGGUGGACCACCUAAUGCCGAUGGCGAAGACUUUGAAGAGGACAGUGGUUUUCUUGGCAGGACAAGGCUUGGCCGACUCGCCCAAGCUGCUGGAAGGCAACUGUUUGAAAAGCUGAACUCUGCCAGAAGCAACUCUCCCACAAAGAUAUUCCUUGUGCUCCUUGGAUUCUACACCGCCAAUGCUUUGGCAACAAUCCUAGGGCAGACUGGUGACUGGGAUGUCCUUGUUGCUGGUGUUGUAGUGGCUGCUAUUGAAGGAAUUGGCAUGCUUAUGUACAGAAGAAAACGGGUCACCAGGCCUCCUGGACGAUUUCAGUCAUUUAUUUCAAUGGUGAACUUCUGGAAAGCUGGUGUAUGUCUGGGCCUUUUUGUGGAUGCCUUCAAGCUGGGAAGCUGAGUUCCCGGGAUUCACCUUGUCUUGUUUACCUAUCAGUAUUGCAACCGAUCCAUUGAGCCCAUCAUAACGCAAGGAUUUAGCACAACAAAUGGGCAUGCCCUCAUGGAUCAAGUUUUGGUCUUGCAGUUGGCCCAAGUGCUUGCAGAGAUAGCUUAUAGGUGAUCUAUUUCUUCCUGGUUCAUCGAGAUGUUGAAUUAGCGUUCUUCUGGGGUGGUGUACUCUUGGUGAGGACUGAUAGCAUACCUCAUCGGGCCCGAAAAUGUACAUAUGAUUGUCGAGUUUCUCUUGGAUUCUGACACUGAUGGAAUUCUUAGUCGGAUGUUCAUUUUUGUGCCACAGGGAAAUAAUCAAAGCUGCAUUGUAAA